UAAAUAAAUAAAUCUGGUUGCAAAAGCUCAUUAGUGUGAAGAGUAACUAUGUCUCUUACAGCAAUAGUUUUGCUUUAAAUAUGUAUUACAAAUAUUCACAAGUAUGGUGAACUGAAAAUGAGCCAGAUUAAUUUCAAAGGCUAAUAUGCCAAGAACCAUUUCUUAAAUUUUAACCCUUUAUUUAAAAAGGACCUAUUAAUCUAUCUUUCUUUGUCAUUGAUUCGGAGAGUACUUAGAUCAGUGCCAGUCUCAAAAUGCACUUCUAUUUAAAUUGUAUUUUAUUUAAAUUGUAUUACUUAUUUAUUACUGUACAGGGUAUUGAAUAUUGGCCAUUUUAUGUCUGUGAGCCACCCUAAGUCCCCACGAGGAAAUGGGGCAGGAUAUAAUACAGUUUUGUUGUUGUUAGUAUACUAUUUGUUGAUAUUUCUUUUUAUCUUUAUAUAUGCUAACAUUAUAUAAUUGCUUUCUGCAGUACAUACUGACAUCUUAGAACCACUUCCUUCACAAUGAAAUCUAUGGAAGAUCAAGUUGUACAAGAAGAACCAGGAUACCAAGAUGAUGAGGAAUCCUUUUUCCAGGAUAUUGAUCUAUUACAGAAGCAUGGAAUAAAUGUGGCUGAUAUAAAAAAGUUAAAAUCAGUGGGAAUUUGUACAAUCAAAGGGAUUCAAAUGACAACAAAACGAGCACUAUGCAACGUGAAGGGACUUUCAGAGGCUAAAGUGGAGAAGAUAAAAGAGGCUGCCAACAAGCUUAUAGAACCAGGAUUUCUAACUGCUUUUGAGUACAGUGAGAAACGGAAGAUGGUAUUUCAUAUCAGCACAGGAAGCCAAGAGUUUGAUAAGCUUCUGGGAGGUGGGAUUGAAAGCAUGGCAAUCACAGAAGCCUUUGGGGAAUUCCGAACAGGCAAAACACAGCUUUCCCAUACUCUCUGUGUGACAGCCCAACUUCCAGGAGCGGAUUAUACUGGUGGGAAAAUUAUCUUCAUUGACACAGAAAACACUUUUCGUCCAGACCGUCUUCGUGAUAUUGCUGAUCGCUUCAAUGCAGAUCAUGAUGCAGUUCUUGACAAUGUCCUGUAUGCACGGGCAUAUACUAGUGAGCAUCAGAUGGAAUUGCUUGACUUCGUUGCUGCCAAAUUCCACGAAGAACCUGGCAUCUUCAAACUAUUGGUUAUUGAUUCCAUUAUGGCCCUGUUCCGUGUGGACUUCAGUGGUCGUGGGGAACUGGCUGAAAGGCAACAGAAACUGGCUCAGAUGCUAUCAAGGCUUCAGAAAAUAUCAGAAGAAUACAAUGUGGCUGUCUUUGUGACAAACCAGAUGACUGCUGACCCAGGAGCAACUAUGACCUUUCAGGCAGACCCCAAGAAGCCAAUUGGAGGCCACAUCCUUGCUCAUGCUUCCACAACCAGGAUUAGUUUAAGGAAGGGCAGAGGAGAGCUGCGUAUUGCCAAGAUAUAUGACAGCCCUGAAAUGCCUGAAAAUGAAGCCACAUUUGCAAUAACGGCUGGAGGAAUUGGAGAUGCCAAAGAGUAGACAGGUUGUUGUGGUGAACAGCUGAGGCACUUCAUUGGUUCAGCAUUCAUUGUAUCAAAUUCAGAUUUCCACAUUCAAUUUUUAAAAUCUGGUUGCUGGGGGCUUUGUGGGGUUUUUUUAAAAUUGGCAACAAGUAGCUUGGCAGAGGUAAGGUGCCAAGACAUACUAAUCACAGGUUAAGAGUCACCUAGUUGUCUUGAGAAUGAAGACUUACCAACAAACCGCAAAAUAUAUGAAAUGAUUUUUUAAGAUAUUUGACCCUGGUUAUUACUGGAUACUGGGUUUUUUUUUCUUAAAACAAUAUUUAAUUUAAACAACCUACCCUAAUCUAAGGACCCUUGUAUAUUGUUGCAGUUUUUCUCUAUAUACAUGAAAAAUAGAAAAUAAACAUCUUGGAAUGUUACUGAAAAUGAA